AUGUUCCCGAGGACUUUGCCAAGAAUUCACUCCAUACAGUUUAGAUCUUUUAGCAGCACAACAGCAAGAUCCAAGAUCUUAGAUAUAACACAUUUGCCGGAUAAAAUAGUUCCUAGAUAUCAUCGAACUCAGGAGAAUGAUCUUCUUUCUUUACAAUGGCCUUCACCUCCUCGGAAUCUCUUAAUCAUAAAGAAAGAUCGCUCCCCAGCCGUCUCAGAAGCUCUCCUUGAAUAUGUCAAACAUAUACACUCAAACUACAACACUGCAGCUCUCAUAUUCGAGCAAAAGGUGGCCGAGAGUAUACAUGAUUCCUUGGCAUUUCCAAUAUACACCACUAACCUUCCAUCUCUCUUCCCGUCCAAAGUUGACAUGGUAACGACUCUCGGUGGAGAUGGAACGAUCCUACAUGCAUCGUCUCUUUUCAGCACAACCCGUCAUGUCCCUCCAAUUCUUUCCUUCAGCAUGGGUACCCUUGGCUUUUUGGGAGAAUGGAAAUUUGCUGAAUAUAAGCGAGCCUUUCGAGAAGUCUAUAUGUCGGGCGCUGCUGCAGGGUCUCACCUCUUUCAAGACGAAAUGCAUUCUCAUAUCCAAACCUCUACUUCAGGCAAGGCUAACAUUAUAUCUGGCUGGUCGAGUGUUAGAGGCAAGUCUAUGGGAUCAACCAGGAGUUCGAAAGUGCUUCUCAGGAAUAGAUUGAAGGUCGAGGUAUUUGAUGCGGAUGGCAAUAGUACUCAGGGGAGAGCAGAGGGAGAUGUGCAUGCCAUGAAUGAAGUUAUCAUUCAUCGGGGGAAAGAAGCUCACCUGGCUGUCAUUGAGGUCUUUGUCAAUAAUCAAUUCUUGACUGAGGCUGUUGCCGAUGGUAUGAUAAUUUCCACACCGACGGGAAGUACAGCAUAUAGUUUGAGUUCUGGUGGUAGUAUCAUCCAUCCACUUGUCAGCAGUCUUCUUUUAACACCGAUCUGCCCGAGAAGUCUCUCAUUUAGACCCCUAGUUGUACCUGCGAACACGCCAAUCAAACUUCGACUGAGUGCAAAGAAUAGAGGAAGGGAACUGGAAGUUAGUAUCGAUGGACAAAGACGAAGUAUAGGGGUUGGUGUCGGCAUGGAAGUAAGAGUUCAAGGUGAGGAAAUGAUGAAAGGCAACAGUGAGUGGGGUGGAGGCGUUCCCUGUGUCAUGAGAGGGGCCAAAAGUGGCAUGAAGGAUGACGACGGCUGGGUUGGAGGCUUGAAUGGUUUGCUGAAAUUUAACCAUCCUUUUGGCGAAGAAUGA